GUGGAGAACUACGCCAAGACUAUCAAUAUGCUGUACUGUGCCGUCAAUCCUGAUGAUUAUCGCAAGAUUUCUUGCUGCACCACUGCAAAAGAAAUGUGGGACAAACUGGAGGUCACAUAUGAAGGUACAGACCAAGUUCGGGAAGCCAAAAUUGACUUCCUAACGCAGGAGUACGAGAUGUUCAGGAUGAAGGAAGGCGAAAAGAUCGAUGACAUGUUCGAUCGGUUCUCAAAAAUCAUCAACGACCUUCAUGCACUCAAGAAGACUUACACCAACAAGGAUCUUGUGAGAAAAAUCCUGCGAAGUCUCACACCCGAAUGGAGAUCAAAUGCAGACGCAAUCUAUGAAUCCAUCGGAGUCUCGAAUGUCACCAUCGACGGGCUUAGAGGUAAUCUCAAAACCUAUGAAUCUACUAUUGUAACACCGUCUUUGGAUGAACAAAAGAAGAAGGGUAUAGCGCUGAAAGCAACCAAGGAGUCCGUGGAAGAUGACUCAAGCGAUGAUGACAACGAGUUCGGACUCGUUAUCAAGAAGUUCCACAAAUUCAUGAAGAAAGAAUUUGAAAGAAAAGGAAGAAAGCACGACGGGCCCCCGAAGUGCUAUGGUUGUGGUGAGAUAGGCUACAUCAAGCCGAGGUGUCCAAAAAGCAAAGGCGGCAAGGACAAAACUGGCUUCAAAAAGCAACGCGCCUACAUCUCUUGGGGAGGCGACUCCGGGGAUGAGUCAACGGAUCAAUAAGAGGAGGAAGCCACCAACCUCUGCCUCAUGGCGCACGAAGAUCAAACUGACGACGUUCAAGAGGUAUGUACCAAUUCUUCCGACUCUUAUACUUUUGAAGAAAUGCAAGAAGCACUUCAUGAGCUUUAUGAUGAAUUUGUUAGCGCUUCUAAAACCAAUAAAUCUUUAAAGAAACGUCUUUCAACUCUUAAAAAUGAUUUUGACAAAUUGGAAAAAGAUAAUGAAAGGUUGAAACAAGA